UUAUCAAAGUAAAGCUAAUUAAGCUAAUUAUUUUAUAUUAUUUAUAUUUAGAUAUUAACGCCUGACUAUGAGACGAUGUACAGAAAUCUGGACAAAGAACACUCAAAGCUGGCAGGACAAGCUAAAGAAAUGGCGUGGAAAAUGAAGAAAAUGGAAACAGAAUUGAAAGAUGCUAGAGAUACUUCAGAUCUAUUGGAGUUCAGACUCUUGGAACUAGAGCAAAGGGAGAGCAGAGAACGAACCCCGGAGCUAGGACGGAAAGAGGAAAAGGAUUCUAUCUCUAUCCACAGUGGUAAUGUAGACUCUGGUUGCUCUUCACAAACUACUCUAGAGGAUAUCAUAGAGACCCAUAGAGAUUUCAGGAAUGAGAAAAUCCAAGAUACAAAACUGAAGCUUCAUGAGCUGAUGAAACAUAUUCCAGAACCAGGAGGAAAAUCUCUGUUGUUACAAACAGUAGCUCUGUUUGAGACACUGCUAGCUCGGAUUAAACUGAUGAAAGAGGAGAACCAGGAACUACAGGGGGAGAAGAUGAACCUGGAGAAGAUAAAGAAGGAUCAGGAUGACCUUCUCAGCUCCAUGAGCAAGGAACAGCAGAGAGAAGAAUCACGAGCUAUUCAAGCUGAACUUGAACUUAGGAAUACUUGUGAGGAGGUAGAGGAACUAAAGGUUCGAUUAAUUACAACUCAACAGCAGCUUGAACAAUCUAGGAUGGAGAGAGAUAAACUCCACACUGUGAAAAAGCAGAUUGAAGAGAGACAGGAUAAGAUUUGCUCCGACCUGAGACGAGAAAAUGAUCAAAGUUUACAAAAACUAGAGAUUGAAAGACAAGGAUUUAAAGCAGAACAGCAGAUGUAUCAGGAUGUGCUGGAACGGUAUUCUCAUCAAGAAAGAAUUAUAAAGGAACAGCAUUCAAGAUUAGACGAACAGGAGAACAGGAUGAAAGAACAGGAAGUUAAGAAAAUAGAAGAAGGAGGGUACAGAAAAGGAAACAGGAGGGAAAGCGUAGAAUCAGGAGACUUUAAUUCAAAGGUUUCCAGUAAGGAGACCAGCUCAGGGGUGUCCUCAGAUAUAUCAGACAGCGAGAGCAGUGAUUUAGAUCUUCAUCAUCUUCAUCAUCAUUCUCAGCGUCUUUAUCAACAGAAGGUUGAUUAUAAAGAAGCGGAAGAGCAAAUGGAGGAAAGUGGAAUUUUUGAGCAGACAUCUGAUUCAUCCCUCCUAUUGGAGUCAAACACGGAGAAAUCCUUGCUCCGGAAGCAGGAGGAGAAGAAGGAGAAGAAGGAGAAGGAGGAGAAGGAGGAAAGGGAGGAGGAGAAGGAGGAGGAGGAGGAGAAGGUUCAAGAUGGCAUGAAAGGAAGGAAUAUUGUUGAACUUGAACUUGAAAUAAAUAACUUCUCACGGCUUGAGCCCCAGAUUGAUGAAGAUAGAGAGGAAGAGUACAAUGAGCAGUUAUCAGAUAGAAGCAGCCAGCAAAAGAGCAGCUUGGAUAAAUUUGGAAGCUGCGAAGAGCUCAAAAGAAUAAAUUCAACCAGAUAUAUAUCCAUGGUUAAGAUCUUGUAUAUCAGAUCAGAAAACUAUCAAAAAUGGGCAAUUAGAGCUUAG